AUGGACGAGCAAGCGAAAGAGCAACGACAACGAGCGAUAGAACAACGACGACAAGCGAUGGUCGCGAAACUCGACCAACGGAAAAAAGUCGAAAACCCGAAGAAAGCCGAGGGAGAGCAAAAGGGGAGACAACUCGACGAGCUUCUCAAACGGGCCUCCACAAUGGGAAUCGAUGAUCCGAGAAAAGAGGAAACGAUUAAAGAACUACAGGAACGAUUGGAGCUCACCGAUCAAAACUACGAGGCUUCGAAGAUCAAGAAAGCGCUCUUGCAACUCCGCAAUUAUCACGAGGCCGGAUCGACGCAAAUAGAAGCUUUUCAAUUCUCGGCCGUCGAUCAACCCACCUUCUCAAUUCCGGAACAACAAUCCGAAGCCCGCCCUGUCAAUCUACUAACCGAUUCCAGUGAGACGCUGCAAAUCGAGAAUUUGACGAGCGUCGAACAAACUUUUUCUGGACAGGAUGAGAUGGAUGUGUCGAUAAAGAACAUUGAAUCAUCUACAAUUUUUGUUGCUUUUCGUCCAUCGACCGUGAGAAUACGAGAUGUGAAAAAUUCGAAGAUUGUUCUUUUGCCGUCAACUGCUUCGCUUUCAGUUCACAAUUGUGAUGAGAUGAAAUUGUUUGCCUCGGCUCAUCAAAUACGGGUUCACGAUUCGAGCGCUUUAUGGCUUCAUUGUGCAGUUAAUACGAACAUUUUACUUGAAGGAUGUACAAAUGUUAUGGUUGCUCCGUACAGAAUUUUGUUGAAAGAAGAAAUCGCAGACUUUCCUGUAAACGAUAAUUGGAAGAAACCCCGGGAUCUUGAUCAAAUUGAAACGAUUGGUAUGAUAUGCACCUUUAGAAGUACAAGGAGUUUCUCGACAACGCUCCGGCGAAAUGGAUGGAAAACGAGCACCAAACCGGGCUACAUUGAGCCCGAGCUCGGCGACAAGAAGCCCACACAUAUCAUCGUUGGAGCUGGAUCGGCGGGAUGCGUGCUGGCAAAUAGGUUGACGGAGGAUCCCUCAAAUCGCGUGCUUCUCAUCGAAGCCGGGCCAAAAGAUCACUGGUGGGAUUGGAGAAUUCACAUGCCGGCCGCGUUGAUGCACAAUUUGGACAGCGAACGAUACAAUUGGUACUACUAUACAACAGCGCAAAAGCACAUGAACAAUCGGACGUUUUACAAUCCACGUGGUCGAGUUUGGGGAGGCACUUCAUCGCUCAAUGCAAUGUGUUACGUUCGAGGUCACGCCCACGAUUAUGAUCGAUGGGAAAAGGAAGGAGCCAUGGGAUGGGCGUAUCGAGAUUGUUUGCCCUACUUUCGGAAAGCGGAAACGUUUGCUGGCGCGAAGUCGGAUGACCCAUAUCGUGGGCACAACGGACCUCUCCGUGUUCAACAAGGAAAAUCCGAUCAUGUACUGCAUCAAGCUUGGCUAGAAACUGGAAAAUUUCAUCCCGUUGGCACCACGGAGGACAUGAAUGGAUAUAAACAAGAAGGAAUUGCGAAAAUGGAUAUGACAAUACACGAUGGAUAUCGCUGGAGUGCUUCAAGAGCGUAUUUGUGGCCAAUUCUGAAUCGACCAAAUCUUCAUGUUUCUUCUGGGAUCACAUGCACGAAAAUUUUGACUCAUAAGGAUCGAGCUAUUGGCAUCGAAUAUCUACGCCAAGUGAAUUAUCUACAAGGGCUUCAAAAGAUCGAUGCCGGUUUUCGCGAGAAGAUCUACUGUGAGAAUUCUGUGAUCCUUUCGGGAGGAGCCUUCAAUUCACCACAACUUCUGAUGCUGAGCGGGAUUGGACCAGCCGAACAUAUAAAAAGUCUUGGAAUCGAUGUGGUACAGGACACACCUGGAGUUGGGUCGAAUCUACAAGACCAUCUGGAGAUUUACGUUCAACAAAAGUGCACUCAGCCGGUAACGUUGUACAACAAAAGCUCAUGGAAGUUCCCACAUAACAUGAUUGCGAUUGGUCUCGAGUGGUUUGCGAAGAGAACGGGCCUUGGAGCCUCAAGUCAUUUGGAAUCUGGUGGCUUUGCACGAUCAAGUGAAGAGGUGGACCACCCCGAUAUUCAAUUCCACUUCUUGCCAUCAACGGUGCACGAUGACGGACGUGGAGUUGGACAAUGUCACGCAUAUCAAGUACAUGUUGGUCCGAUGCGCUCAAUGUCACAUGGAACUGUACGCCUUCAGAACAAGGACCCUAGAAGGCCUCCAAUCAUUGAUCCGAAUUACCUAUCACUCGAUCAAGAUCGUCGAGAGUUCCGUCGAUGCAUACGCCUUUCCCGUGAGCUCUUCGCUCUUCCACCGUUUGAUCCGUUUAGAGGAGAAGAGUUGGCGCCAGGACCUGACUGCGUAUCGGAUGCACAACUUGAUGAUUUUGUACGAGCUCAAGCGGCUUCCGCCUAUCAUCCAUCAUGCACUUGCAAGAUGGGGUCUUCAAAGGAUAAUCUGGCAGUGGUCGAUCCAAAAACGAUGAAUGUACACGGUUUUGAGAAUUUGAAGAUUGUCGAUGCUUCUGUGAUGCCAUCAAUUGUGAGUGGAAAUCUCAACGCCCCAACAAUUAUGCUUGCCGAAAGAGCCGCCGAUCUGAUUCAAGGGAAAACGAGCCUUCCUCCAUCGGAUGCCCCAAUGGCGUUACCUGUGUUCGACAUUGAAGCUUUUGCCGACAACACUGUCGGAUGGGGUCCACGAACUAAUACGGAUGAAACGAAUCUUCCCUUCCAACAGUUCAACAAAGCUGAUCGUAUUGGACGUGUUGCUGACUGGAUUGGAGUUGAUCGCUAUUUCCGUCGUGGAGAGCGUUACAAUGAGCGAGUUUAUGGUUCGGCUGCUAAUGCUGGCUCGCAAUUCGACUACGUGCACGAGAUGGAUGAGAACAACUUCCAAUUGGUUGAUUCUUCACGACCUGUUCAACGUGCACCGGCUCGCAACUUCCGUACUCGGCAAAUGCAUUUCCGCAAGUUGCUCCAAAAUCAACAAGAGCGUCGUGAUACCGUUCAGCACAUGCAGUCGCAAAAGAUGAAACGUUCAAUUGCCAAGGAGCAUCAACGUGCUUACAAGCAAUGGCAACGCCGCGGAGGACAAAAUCGUCAAGGAAUGGGCCCACGUCAAGGUCGUUUUGGUGACAAUCGUCCAAAGGAUCGUUUGCCUUCCGUGCAAGUGCGACCUGAAUGGGAUGUGCUCGAAGAGAUGGACUUCCCACGUCUUUUGAAGCUCAACUUGCCUGGAGUCACAGCGACUGGGCAAGAUAUCGGUGAUCAUCAAUACGGUUCACUUUACUAUUACGACAAGGCUAUUGAUCGUGUCUCUGUGAAGAACCCGUCGGCACUUCAACGUUGUGGAGGCUCGUUCUACAAUGUGACGACUAUUGAGGAUCCGGUGAUGGAGAAAUUGGCUAAGGAAAGUGCUGGAAAUGUUUUUGCUACGGAUAUCAUCUUGGCAACUUUGAUGACAGCUCCACGUUCGGUCUAUUCUUGGGAUAUCGUCGCACACCGCGUUGAUAACAAGCUCUUCUUUGAUCGUCGUGAUACGGGAGGAUUCAGCAACCCGGUUGAUGCUUUGACAGUCUCGGAGACUAGCCCCGAUCCACCAAACAACGAUGUCGCGGUGGCAAACAAUGCUAGGGACCUUGCUACUGAAGCCCUAUACAUCAAUCAAAAUUUCCGCCGACAAGUACUUCGUCGUGAAGGAGAAGCCACGCAAACUUACAAGUACAAGCACCCUCAAUGCCCAUUCGAUGAAGAAGGAGAGCCAAAAUAUUUUGGGUAUCGCAAGUUUUCCCUUGGAAAUGGAGCCGAUGGAAAACCAAUCGAGGUUGUCGUUCGUACCGAGCACGAUGGAGUCAUGGUUGGUGUUAAUGGAGAAGUGCAAACUCUGACAAUCAAAGCUUUCAAUGAAUGGGAUAGCACUCAGGCAAAUGGUGUGGAUUGGCGCGCAAAACUUGAUACCCAAAAGGGAGCUGUUUUGGCUACCGAGAUGAAGAACAAUGGAUGCAAGUUAGCUAAAUGGACUGUCCAGUCUGUUCUCGCUGGCUCCGAUGCUAUUAAGUUUGGUUAUGUGUCUCGUCUGUCACCAAAAAACACGGCACAGCAUGUGAUCCUUGGAACACAACAAUUGCGUCCAAUGGAGUUCGCCCAGAACAUUGCUCUCAACUUUGACAACUGUUGGGGUAUUCUGCGUGUAAUCAUUGACAGCUUGAUGAAGCGAAAGCCGGGCAAAUAUUUGCUGAUGAAGGAUCCACAAGCGCCAAUGGUUCGACUCUAUUCGCUGCCUGAUGGCACAUUUGAGAGCGAAGACGAAAGCGAUUCGUCGGAUCAAUCCGAGGAGGAAAAC